AUGAACCGCUUCACAACCUUAACCUCAAACACCAUCCCCCUCAUCCUCUCCCGCACCCCUGGAGUUAUGGGUGUGAGUGCCAGGAGGGGGUUCGCCGACAUGACAUCCGUCGGCCCCACACGUCCGGGCGGAAAGGGUCAUUUGGGGGAGGAUUCGUGGGCGAGGAGGGAGAGGGCUGCUGAGGAUUAUGUAAGUACGAGGAAGGGUGGGGGACACGGGUUGGGUUUCCUCAAAUCGCAGCGUGAACAGGAGAGGAUGCAGAAACAGAUCAUGGAGGCGAAGGCGCGUAUGCGUCAGAUGGAAACCGACCUCGACGAAGCCAUGCUCGAACUCCGCCGCCAAGCCCGCCUCGACUCCGAAAGAACCUUCAAACUCUCCUGGUGGUCAACCCACGAACCCGAACACGACCCCUCUACCCCCCGUCCUUGGCUCCAAAAGAUCAUGGCGAAGGAUCCGAUUAAGGGAGGUAUCCAAGAUCCCGGUGCUGGACGCGAGUGGGGUGAGAAACAGGAUGGGGGUAUGGCGCCGAAGGGACAGGGUGGUGUUGGGAGUGUGAGACAGGAGGGGGAGAGUGAGAAGAGGGAGGAGGGGACGGAAGGGGAUAUUGGGGGGAUUAAGCCGGGGGUUGGGGAGGGGGAGAAGGGGGGGAGUAUGAGUGGGCGUUGA